AUCCCUAGAUCGCAUAACACUCCUUUCCUCACUCCCCCGUUAGCCGUUCUCCACCUCCCCAACUGUAUGUCUGAUGGCUGUCCAAACACCUAUCCCUCUCCCCUCCCCCCUCGUCUCAACGCUCCUCCUCCACCUCUGCGGCAUCCUUUCCCUCUCCCUCCCACCGUUCCCCCUCCGCAGCGCGCUCUUCGUCCCGCCAAUAGUGCUCCUCGUGAUCGCGACACAUGCUUCCCCGGCUGACCCUACAAACCCUCAACUAACCUACGCCAUCGGCUCCCUGUGGCCACUCUAUCUCUCCACCCUCUCCCAACACCUAUUUCUCCCCGCACCCCCCGAGACACUCCUCCACUUACGCAACGACAAGCCCGGUGAAGCCGCGACCUGGAGGUUCUCCUUGCGGAAGAUCCUCUGGAGCGCAAAGUUAUUCCUCGACCCACGCGGUAUCGAAUGGAAUUUUCGCGUGAAGGGAGUUGUGCCCGCGACUAAUAGGAAAGUUGGCAGAUGGGAGUUUGUGCUUGGAAGGGUGGCGUGGGGUGUGUUGUUGGCUGUGGGGUACGAUUUUUGCUUUGAGUUUGUGGUGAAAGGGUAUAGGGUCGCCGAUGGGGAGGGAGGUGGUGGAUAUUUAAGCACUAGGGAUGGCAGCUUUGGUAGAAGGCUCGCGAUUGCCGUGGUAUGUUUCGUGGCUAUUGAAGUCAAUCAUGUCCUCUGUUCCGCGGUAGUUGUCGCGGCGGGACUAUACGAACCAGAGGUGCCCCCCACCCGUUCCCAGUGUCGAGAGAAUCAACUAAUGACACCCUCGAGUACAGGACUGGCCCCCCCUCUUCGGCUCCCUGACAGCCUUAACCUCAAUCCGCAAAUUCUGGGGCAAAUUCUGGCACCAGACCAUCCGCCGAACACUAACAAUAACCUCAACUUCCAUCCUGACUCACCUCCACCUCCCACCCACCUACGCACUAACCCUCACUCUCUCAUUCCUAAUAUCAGGUUUCUUCCAUGCCCUGCCACUCCUCGUCAUGCCGCCAUUCUCAUGGUCUUUCAUGCCCCGCGGCGUUCUCGCGUUCUACUUCCUACAGCCCAUCGGGGUGCUAUUCGAGACACUCGCGUCGUCGGCGUACACGGGCAGGAGCACCGUGUGGACUAGGAUGGCGGGGCGUGUUUGGGUUGCGGUAUGGCUGAAUUACACGGCUCCCUGGUUCUGGGACGAUAUGUUUGCCGUGGGGAUGAUGGAUGGGAACAGCAUGCCCGUAUCCAUCGCUGGGGUUGUGCGCCGAUGGCAAAUCGGGUGAAGUUCGGCUGCAGCGCGUAGUUAGGUUAUGGUGGAACAUAUCGAGUGGAGAGAAUAGAAUUUCACAAUCCUUCGUAUCAUAUUUCCCGUUUUUCGAGUGAGCUAUGGUGAUUUUCCGAAUCCAGCCUCCUGUACAAAAGUGGCAUCCUCAGCUGUUCUAGUUUCCCUAUGGGGUAAUAUUCGCAACAGAGCAGAAACGUGCGCAGUGGGGAUAAGAAGGCCUCGAGUGAGAGGAAAUGACUUUGGAGUCCUUAGAAUAGCCUUCUCGACGCUCAGAUUUAAGGCUAGAAGUUAUGUGCGGGGUCACGAUAAGCACCAGAUGGACACGGUUUAAAGGCUUGGUUUAUAUUGAGGGAUAAAAUUAUCGAUAUAAGAGGAAAAAAGUGGGAGACACAGCAGCACUCAUCACACCAAACCCUCCGAGGAGCAGCCCAAAAGGAGGAGGAACGUAACGAUAGCAAACAGGACAAUGAUAGAGGUGGAUAUCGAAGCAGUGGUAAGCAGGGGAAGGAUAGAAAAGACAGUCGUGAAGGCAAACAGGACCAGUAGAGGAAGUAAAGUUGGACGCAAGCAAAGAAAAGAAAAGAAUACAAAGUGAAGCAGAGAAACGUCUACCAUCUACGCAGAAGGCUUAAGCCCACGAGUGCCAGGCUUAACCACAUUCACAAGCCUAUAUCCCCCAUCGAAAGCUUUUGCCCCCUCUCCCUCUGGCAAAAUAGCCCCUCCCACCCCAGCUGCUUUCUCCUUCUCCAUUUCAGCCCUCUCAACAAUUCCCUCCUCAACAGCCCACUCUACAAACUCGUCGUCAAUUUUCCACCCCUGGUCAGCGCCUUCCGCCUUCUCACCUGCAGCUUCAAUUUCCAAGUGUCCCCCAAUAUGCUCCAUCUUCUCCCCGAACUCCUCUCUAGUCCACUCCCUCCCGCAGUGCCCGCACUUUUCCCAAGCUGGAGGCUCUCGCCUCUGCCUCUUACACCUCUCGACCAUCUCUGACAGCCCCUCGGCCGUCGUGACAGUAGUGCCAUGCAUGCGCUUAACAUGUAGUGUGAAAAGGUCCUUUCUAUUAAAAGUGUUCUUUUCUCUCGCCCCCAAUGGCGAGGGUGGAGGGUCGAUCUGUGGAGAACAAGAAGCUUGGUCGCAGCGCCAGUAGUUGAACAGAAGGUGCUGGCUGUGAACAUGGCGUUUCCAUUCGUUUUUGCUUGAAAAGGUUUGUGGGCAAGAUGCGAAGGAAAAUAUACAGUGAUAGGGGCGAGGAUGGCUCGAUAUGUGAUUCCUUUAUGCCACGGAAUGAGCGACCGCGUUAGAUGUGCAAAGGGGGGAAGGGGAAGGAGGGCUCACCGCAGGGCAGAGGAAUCCUUGAAUGUCGCGGAGGGGUGCUCAAUGCAAGCCAGUUCUCGUUUUGCCGUAUUC